UGAUUCUUUGAGGGAUCUCUGCGUGUAUGCAGGUGCUUUCCUGCUGAUCGAGUAGGUUUCAGUCACGGGCUGAAACGAUCUUGCUGUGAUGCUUUGGGGCAAGCGGUGGUAAUAACGUGGUAAAAGUGCCGUGAGGGUCCUUCAGCCCUGGCGUAUGAGAGGAAGAAACAAAGUGUUGCAGGAAUUAAGUGUCCGCUGUUCACUAAUGGGAAGCCUGGUCUUAAAAUCCCCCAAAAAGGGACUGCAGCAGUGAGAUGCUGCUGUGCUUUUGCAGAAGGGAACAGGGUUGCUCAGAGGAUAAUCUGAAUUCAAGAAUGGUUUUUCAGCUGCUCCGGUGGGAGGGGGUGUGCUGGAAAGAAGAGCUACUGGAACGAAGAUUGGCUUCAUUAUGCCUGUCUGGAUGUGCACAGCAUCUCUGGAGUUAUCCCUCUGCUGAAGUGAAGGGCGCGUUCCUGGAGGAUGCAUGAAGUAAAAAGGGGAGCAGGGCAUGAGAAGAGGCAUGGUGUGUGAUUAUAGAUGUCAGGGUGUGGUCUGGUCAUGUCCUGUUAAUAUCAACUUAUGUUAAUUCUGUGUUUCAAAGACUAAAUCACCAGGUGCUGCCUUUUUCUGUUCCUGUUUAAGAUGCUUUGACAGUGUGUCUUGGUAAGCUCAGGGAGAUGUUCAAUAGGGGAGAGAUGUGAGCAGCAGCAGCACAGAGGAGGGGCCACACUGGCAAGGGGCUGAAGCAUUCAAGGCCAGGCUUUGGCCUUGAUGAGACUUUGAGCAACCUGCUCUAGAGGGAGCAGGUUAUAGCCCUGCCUAUAGCGAGGGGGUUGGAACUGGAUGAUCUUAAAGGUCCCUUCCAACCAAAACCAUUCUGUGAUUCUAUGACAGUGAGCAUCAGCUGGUGAGCUGAGAGGAGCGCUGCACUGCUGCUCAGGACUGAAACAAUUCCCCAACACUCAGGUCUUUGCUAUGUCGUUUUAGAUUUGGCUUUAUUCUAACCCAGCAUUUCAGCUUUGUACCCUCAGCAGCACACAGACUUGUUUAAACUUCUUUUUUUGCCGCCUUUCAUCAGACAGUCAAAACUGGAGUCACGCAGAGCUCACUCAAGGUGAAUAUUUGGGAGGGCCAGGAGGGGUGUUCCUGUCUCAUCUUGCUUGUCAACUGUGCUGCUGUGGGCUGCAGGUAGUAAAAAAUCCAUUUGUUUUAUGAAAUGGGAGAAAAGAAAGCUGGCACAUUGUCAUUAGUAUGAUGAGAGCAGUUGUCACUGCCCAGUCAGUGCAAUGUUUGCUGGCUGGGUAAUACCUGAUGAUUCAGAAAUGAGAGAAAAUGUCCAUAACCCUAACAGCCCUUUUGUUCUGGAGAAGAAUUCUUCCUGAUCCCAAGCAACAGAAAAUAUGGUUAAUUCUGUCUUGUUUUGUUACAUACACUAAUGAUCAUCGUGUUGUUUGUUUUUGUUUUUAAUUUGACUUGUCUGCUCGAAUAAAUUUUUGCAGGAGCAAAAACCAGGUUUGUGUUAGGAGCUUUGCAAACAGGCCUGGAUGGUGCUGUGGGUGUUAUUUGUCUGUUUCAGAAAGUUGAGUUGUGUGAAGGCAGAGCCCCAAAGAAGGUAAUCUGAUGUGCUGUGGGAGAUAUUGUCCUUUAAAUGCCAUUUUUUUGGAGCCAAAUGAAGUGAGAGCUGCUUACGAUGAUGAAGAGAGAGUCCUGCUGGGUGAGACUGAGGCUCUUUUGCUAACAUGAGUUGUGCAUGAACAACAUAGCUCUAUGGGAGCGACCUGAACUGAGCCUUCCUUGUGUCUCACAAGGGAUUGAUAACUAAAACUCUGCAAAUCCAUCUGUACCAUGGAAGAGCCAUUCUUCGGGCUGCUUCUUUGUCACUGGCAGCAGCAGGAUGAGAGCAGCCCGAAAAGCUUCUUUGUGCGGUGAGCUUUCAGGGCCAGCUCUGGAUCAGGGUCAAAGUCUCACGUAGAAAACAUGCUAAUAGCGUCUGUAAGUAACUGUCAGUAAUGUCCUUCUACCUUUCUUUGGUUUGUAACAAGGAGAGUUCUGCUGUACAGUAACCUUGCAAGCAACCAGCAAGCAGACACCUUGCUGGUUUGUAUCCUGGCCUUUUCUUCCUCAUCCAACGUAGAUUUGAGAAAACAAAUCCCACUGCUCCUUCUCUCAGUGCCCAGUCUGUCCCUCUCCUGUGAAGUGGGAGCAGCACUCUAUAUUCACAUCACAUAUCCCAUCAUCACUUAGGAAUAUUGGAAAAGAGAGAUCUCUUCCUCUCAUGAUCCCAAGGAUCUGGCAAACAAGGUGCUCUGCUGCUGUUUGUGUUAGCAGGCACCCAGCUUUUGCUGUGUAAGGCCAGACAGCUUUCGCUUUCCAGGAUUAAAAGCGUGGUGCUUGUAUUAGCAACAAGAAAUCAGCAGAGCCUUAAAUGAGUUCUGUUUUGCUCUGAUGGUUUUUUUUUUCCCUGAGCCACACGGGGGAAGCCUUUGUUAUCUCCAGAUUUGAGAAAUAAGUGCUACAGGCAGACCCUAAAGCCUUUUCAAGCUGUGCCCUGCAUAAAGGAUGUGCUGUCUGCUUUGGAGCCAGCUAGCAAAAUAAAAAGAGGUUUGUUCUGUGAGGAAAACGUCUGUCCGUAGGCAGGAAGUCUGCAUUCUGCAUAAGUGGGUGUUGUGUGGGAGUUUCUGUUGAGACAAGCUUGACAUGUCAAACUGUGAGCAGGAAAUCAGGCUGGGUUCUGCCUGCCCAGUGCAGAACCAGUAGGAAACAGCAUUCUGCUUUUUCACAUCCUUAUUUUCAAAAUGGAUACAUAGCUGGAAGUGCUCUGUCCCUCGUGUCAGCUAGCUGGGCUUUGUCCCUUUGGCUCCAGUUGAGUGCUGCCAUCCUUGCAGCAGUACAGAGAGCAAAGCAGAGGCAUGGGAGUGCCUCUUACAGCAUUUCUGUGCCUGCUUGCUUUUCCAGCCUGGCCAGGAGUCUGCAGGAUGCUUUUUGGCAGGAGACACGACACAGAGUUCCUCCCAGUUCCAUCUUUUGCUGGGACUGGGGCCACUGAACCCCGAGGCACACUGCUGCCAUCCAUGACAGCACCAUCAGCAGCUUGCAUCAUUCCUGGGCUCUGAGAGGGUUUCAGCCCUUGCCACUGCUUGCCAGGCUCCUUCCACCCUUUCUAGGCUGUCAUGUCCUCUGAUGGAGGAUUCUUACAGGGAAGUGGGAUGAAGGCAGCUGAAGUUCCUCAGCUUUUCAUUCCCAGUCACCAACUGAGGUUGGAAGCGAGCAGGAAGGCUUCCUCAGCACCUCCCUCCUGCACCUAGAGCAGCGUGAGGCCGAUUGUUUGUAAACAUCUCAGGUCUACAAACCUAUUUCAAGGUAUUUCCUGUGGUCAUCUAGGUUUACUGGUAUCACAUUGAAUGCUUAACCAGGAGCCUGUGCAGUGCUAUGUGGAAUUUUGCAUGCUUCCAAAGGCAGGGGUUGGGGUACCAGGUCCAGAAGCUACUGUGUCUUAUCCCAUGCUCAGAGGUAUGGCUGUGCUGUGCUCACUCACCUGCUUAUCUGUGAUGCUGGAGUUUUCUUUUGACUGUAUGCAUGCAGAGCAAAUAUUGACUCGUGGAACUAAUGGCAUUUGUGGCUCCAGGACACGCCUUCACCUGGCUGAAGGGGAAACUGCUGGGGGAAGGGAAGGCAGAGGGAAUUACCCGGUUCCUGCUGAGGGUUCUCCUUGUGCCAUGCAUUGGGGCAGUGACCUCUCACCCUUGAGAACAGCAUUCCUGGACCUGCUGACAGCCUCUGCCACUCAGCCUUACCUAGAACAAUGUCAGGCCAUCACACUCCCUCUGCUGGGGGUCCCUUCUCAGCACUCACACCCAGCAUUUGGCCGCAGGAGAUCCUGGCGAAAUACACACAGAAAGAAGAAUCCAUUGAGCAGCCAGAGUUCCGCUAUGAUGAAUUUGGUUUCCGAAUUGAUAAGGAAGAUGGUGCUGAGCCAAACUCCAGCAAACUUCUGGGGCUCCCGCUGAUAGAGGAGCCACAGCAGAGGCUCAAGUGGCAGGCUCAUCUGGAAUUCACACACAACCACGACGUGGGUGACCUCACCUGGGACAAAAUUGAGGUCACCCUCCCACAUUCAGACAAACUGCGCUCCCUGGUGCUGGCUGGCAUCCCACACAGCAUGAGGCCGCAGCUGUGGAUGCGUCUGUCUGGGGCCUUGCAGAAGAAGAGAAAUUCAGAGAUGUCAUAUCGUGAUAUUGUGAAAAACUGCUCGAAUGAUGAAACCAUUGCUGCCAAACAGAUUGAGAAAGACCUGCUCCGCACAAUGCCCAGCAAUGCCUGCUUCUCCAACAUGAACAGUAUUGGGGUGCCACGGCUACGCAGGAUACUACGGGGACUUGCCUGGCUCUACCCGGAGAUUGGCUAUUGCCAAGGCACUGGCAUGGUGGCUGCUUCUCUGCUGCUCUUCUUGGAGGAGGAAGAUGCCUUCUGGAUGAUGUGUGCUAUCAUUGAGGAACUGGUUCCCGCCUCCUACUUCAGUACCACCCUGAUGGGGGUGCAGACAGACCAGCGCGUCCUGCGACAGCUCAUUGUACAGUACCUACCCCGUCUGGACAAGCUGCUCCAGGAGCAUGACAUUGAGCUGUCCCUGAUCACCCUGCACUGGUUCCUCACCUCCUUUGCUAGUGUUGUCCACAUCAAGCUGCUGCUGCGCAUUUGGGACCUCUUCUUCUAUGAGGGCUCUCUGGUGCUGUUCCAGCUCACUUUGGGCAUGCUCAGUAUGAAGGAGGAUGAGCUAAUCCAGUCUGAGAACUCUGCCUCAAUCUUCAACACGCUCUCGGACAUCCCAAGUCAGAUAGAAGAUGCAGAUGUGCUGCUGCGGGAAGCCAUGCGCGUGGCUGGCUCACUGACAGAUGUGGCGGUGGAGACCCAGCGUCGCAAACACUUGGCCUACCUCAUUGCUGACCAGGGGCAGCUGCUCAACUCCAGCACCACUGUCAACAAUUUAUCCAAAAUCGUGCGGCGCAGGACUCAGCGCAGGAAAUCUGGCAUCACCUCUCUGCUUUUUGGAGAUGAGGACUUGGAGGCACUGAAAGCCAAGAACAUCAAGCAGACAGAGCUGGUGGCCGACCUUCGUGAGGCCAUUCUCCAGGUGGCACGGCACUUCCAAUGCGUGGAUCCCAAGAACUGCAGCAUUGAUCUGACUCCAGACUACAGUAUGGAGAGCCACCAGCGGGACCAUGAGAACUACGUGGCCUGUUCCCGCAACCGGCGGCGCCGUGCCAAGGCACUGCUGGACUUCGAGCGUCACGAUGACGACGAGCUGGGCUUCCGCAAGAACGACAUCAUUACGAUCAUUUCCCAAAAAGAUGAGCACUGUUGGGUUGGAGAGCUGAAUGGACUGCGAGGUUGGUUUCCUGCAAAAUUUGUGGAGAUCCUGGAUGAGAGGAGCAAAGAGUACUCCAUUGCUGGAGAUGACUCGGUCACAGAAGGGGUGACAGACUUGGUGCGAGGGACGCUCUGUCCUGCCUUGAAGUCCAUAUUUGAACACGGAUUGAAGAAGCCAUCGCUGCUGGGGGGUGCCUGCCAUCCUUGGCUCUUCAUUGAAGAGGCUGCAAGCAGGGAAGUGGAACGGGACUUUGACUCUGUGUAUUCUCGCCUCGUGCUCUGCAAGACUUACAGGCUGGAUGAAGAUGGCAAAGUCCUCACUCCAGAGGAGCUGCUUUAUCGGGCAGUUCAGGCUGUGAACAUGACGCACGAUGCUGCACACGUACAGAUGGAUGUGAAACUUCGUUCCCUCAUCUGCGUUGGGCUCAACGAACAAGUGCUACAUUUGUGGCUGGAGGUGCUGUGUUCAAGCCUGCAGACCGUGGAGAAGUGGUUUCAUCCCUGGUCGUUCCUGCGCAGUCCUGGGUGGGUCCAGAUCAAAUGUGAGCUGAGAGUGCUCUGCAAAUUUGCCUUCAGCCUGUCUCAGGACUGGGAGCUGCCAAUAAAGAGGGAGGAGAAGGAGAAGAAGCCACUGAAGGAAGGCGUGCAGGACAUGCUUGUGAAACACCACCUCUUCAGCUGGGACAUAGAUGGGUGACCUCCACCCUCCCCCUGCCCCGGGAACCUUCUCAGUGGCCUGCACUCCUCUCCCCAAGCCCCAUCAUCUCACAUCCCCUUCCUUCCCUACCCCACACUUGUAUCUGUGACAAAAUCCCCCUCGGGGGGCUGCGAGGCUACCCGGGACCGAUGCAGUGUGGUGUUGUGGCACUGCUGCCAGACCCGAGGGAGGUGAUGGUCGAGGCUGAUGCUGCACAGGGACAUCUGUGUUCUGACCAGAAAAAUGAGUGCCCCCUCCCAGCCUUCCCCACUCCUUCCACCCCCAUUUCCCUGGGGAGAGGGGCUGCAGGCCCAGCCACUGUGUGCCAGUGUUUCCAGUGCUACCGUAGCUGUGGGGCAGAGGCAAUCCUUGUGGGAUGGCUUUGAUCCGUGAAGGGUGGCACUGCAGAUGCAGGUGAAAUAGAGCUGGUGAGGGACUUAAUGCUGUGUGGAGCAGGGAUGGCACGCACCCCACCUCGUGCCUCCAAGGGGAGGGGGAGGGCAGAACCUGAAGCACUUGGAUGGGUUCGCCCGACAUGGAGUCAGGGCAGAGAAGGGGGAACUGGUAUCAGCCUCAUCCCACUUCUCUGGCACUGGUGUGUGGGAUGUCGACAUGAGGUGCUGGAGAGCACUGCUCUAACAGCCCUAGGGGACAGGCUUUGUCUCCUCUGGGAGCAGACAAAAACCAACACUCCCGUAGAAAGAGUGUUUCAUGCUAUCAUUUUAGUCUCUACGUGAUUUUUACUGUUAACCAAAAAGCUGUAAAUUAACUCCAAGAACGUGUGUAUAUUUUGGCACUGUCGUAGCUCAGGAUGGGGUUCAGGUUGGAGCCGGCUCAGGGAGACCGACUGGUCCUCCUCGCCCUGCAGCGGGGGCAGGGAUGCCAGUCGGGAGUGGAGAAUUGCUGCUUUGUGGUGGUGGCUCUGGAUAUGGAGUCUGUGACUUUCUAGUGAAAGCGCUUGUCAGUGAGCACAAACUACUCAUGAGAUGACACUAGAUUCUUACUUUAUUCUGUGGGUUUGUAAAUAAACUGCAUCUUGGGAGAGCACUGGACUUCGGCUUUGUUUUUCCAUGGGACCG